AUGUUCUCAAAUUUGCUGCUAGGAACACUGCAACGAUUUCAGAUGGACGAAAAAAAGAUAGCCACGGUUGAGAAAGUCCAGGCUGAAAAACAGAAGGAAGUGGAAAAGCGUCUAAGGGAAGAGGAAGAGCAGGAGCGUGAGAAAUUGGCCAGAGAAAGAGCUGCUCUGCUCGAAAAACGCCGUGAAAAAGCGCGGCUGAUAAAAAUGCUGCAGCGAAAGAGAGCGAUUAUACAAUAUGCGCAGCAGAAACAAGAGCACUACCGUAAACUGCAGAACUUUAUUCAAACAAAAGCAAAGCCUCCCAUAUUCUACUUGCCUGCAAAGCACACACUUCGGACCCUCGAACUUUUGAAAACGACUGUAAAAAAGAUCGAUGAGCUAAUUGAACAUCGACAACUGCAAAUGGAAGAGGAUUUGGGAUCAUCGGAGACCAAACAAGCUGAAGAAGUUGAAUCCGAUAAUGAAGAGCACCCCGAGUUUGCAAAAGUCCGCUCUUCCGUUACAGUAACUGGAAGCGCUACUGCUAAUGCGGAUGACGAAAAACCUGUGAUUGUCGCUAAUGAAAUGGGGGAAGGAAUUGCUGAGGUGUCGUCGAUGCAGCCGUCAGAUUUGGAUGGACAUGAGAAUGGCGAGGAACCGAAAGAACUGGAAUGUGAUGACGAGGAGGAGGAGACAGGUAAGGAUACUAGUCGUAGUGACAGUGAGUUGGACAGUUAG